AUAAAUGUUACAGUUCCUGAUAUUAUUAAAUGAAAUAGCUUGAAGCCUCAAUUUACAUUGCAUGUCGAUGUGCUUGAAACUUCACCUACUAGAAAAACAUAAUAGGUAAGGAGAAAGUAAGUAUUCAGUAUUUUUCACUUCCUCUUCUUCCCGUCAGAUAUUUUCUAUCAUCUUCAAGAAACAUCAACAUUGAUAAGAAUGGCGCCCUCACUCAUCCAACAACGACGAACACACAACAACCUUCUAUUCCAAAAGCUAUUAAAUCUCAGGGAUAGCGCAAGUCCAUUCACGUUGAUACUGGAUACUCUGGAGCAGAGUGGAGGACCUCUGUUACGAGAGUUUGUGAGGAGAGCAAAGGUGUCGAAGAACAAGAUAAUUUUCAUAUCUUUCUCAACUCUCCGAAAGAAGGUCCCUUUCGAGAUCGAUUCCUUCAUCAAAGCUCGUGGAAAACCUAUGGGUGUACUAAGAACUGAGAUCUUAUCUCAUCUCCCACCACCGGCAACUUCCUCCCAAAAUACAUCAGCGGCUUCAACAAAAUGCCUGCUCAUAAUUGACACGCUGUACCCUCUGUCAAGCAAGCACCCUCAGCACCUUUCAACUUUUCUCUCAUCCUUACUCAUUUCUCCUCAAAUCUCCCUCCUGGCAACUUAUCACACGGAUAUUCCACUCAGCCAUUCAUCCUCGGUCUCGCCAUAUACGCCUUCACCUCUCACCACUCUCAUCUACCUCGCCACCGCUAUCCUGACAGUCUCGCCCCUCUCACAAGUCCUAGCCCGCAAACGUGCGCGGGACAAGAGUCAGCAAGAACCAGUAUUUGGCAUCCAAGAAGGUCGCGAGGGCGUGAUCGUUGGUUUGAGGGGACGCGCAAAGGAUGAGCAGGGUAUGGUGGUCAAUAUGGAGAUUCGGCGCCGCUCGGGCCGAGGCGUGACGGAAAACUUCGUGCUUCUACCUCCAGCAUCUUCAUCUUCAAUUUCUCAGUCUACGGCCAAAUCAUCGAAGCUUUCUUCAUUAAGCGAGUUCAUACUCUUGGAUGACCAUCCGCUUUUCUCAUCUCCUUCAGCUGCAGGUGGUCCGCCUGUCAAUGCCGAGCAAGACGUUAUGAACACGACGUUCAACCUGGGUCUUACGGAGAAGCAGAAGAGGGAUAGAGAGAAUGUUGUACUUCCAUACUUUGACGCACAGAAGGAUGGUGGUGCCGCGGGACCGGGUGACGGAGGGAGGAUUCUAUAUGACAUGGGAGAGGAGGAUAGGGAGGAUUUCGAUGAUGAGGAAGAUGAGAUCUGAGGACAUAAACUCUCCUACUAUGCCAUGGAUACAUAGCUUCCGUCCCUUCACCCUAGCGAUGACAAGGUCCUCUCCCAGCGGCAAUUUUCAAAGGUAUUGAUAAUAUGAAAGGAUGGGAUGGUUAGCUAAACCUUGCUUGUACCUGAGUUGCUGGGCAACACCAUCGGGAUUGCAGUAGAUGUAGGUCACAUCCGCGCAAAUGGCUGGCUGUCCCCCAAUUGGUGUAAGGAUUUGGGCAAUGCCUUCAAUGAUUUGUUCUAAAUGAAACAAGUAU